AUUUAAUAUCACAUAUUAAUUUUUAAUGUGGAAAUUACUGUUAAUAGCCUUAAGUAUUGCACAAUUUAGAACCCAGGAAGAUGAAUUAAGUGAAGAAGAUUAAGAAUCUAUAUUCUAAUAAUAGGAUUGUAUUAAUAAAUGAUUAAUUGAUAGAAUAACAAAAUUAUUAUUAACAAUAACAAUAUGGAUGCAUUAUUUUAACAAAAUAUCACCUUUAGGAAAGAAGUCAAGAAUUAAUGUAGUUAUUUAAAUCGAUUUCAAAUGAUUUAGAUAAAAGAAAUGCAUAUGAAAAAUUAUAAGCUUAAUUAGUGAUGUAAUGCAUACAAAAAAUCUAAUAUUAAUAAUUGGCUGAUCUUUUUAAUUAAUUGAGAUAAUAAACAUUUAAAUAUUAAGAUUUCUAAGAUGUUUUCAUGAUGACUGAUUUGAGUUUAGAAGAUGAUUACACAUUAACAGAUUAAGAAAAGAUAUUAUCAAAAGAAAUUGAAGUAUUCAUUUUAAUUAAUCUAGCAAUUUGAUAAAAACAUGUAAGAAUAAUAAAAAAAAUAUAAAUAAGAAUAAGGUUAUGAUGAUGAUGAUGAUGAUGAAGAAGUAGAUCCAAGAAGAAGAUAAUAACCAUAAGGUUAUAAAUUAUUUGGAGUUGAUUUAUCAAAACUAUCAAAUACAACAUAAAUGAUUAUCUUUGUUGGUUUGAUUUCACUUUUUAGUGUCAUUCUAUUUUUAGGUUUAUAUCACUAUUUAUUUUUAAUAGGUUUAAGAUUUGUACAAUAGCAUACAUAAGGUCCAGUAAAGAGAGUUAAAAAAGACAAAAAAGUUAAAUAAAAAUGAGG